GCUCUCUUCCUCUCUUACACACUUUCUCAUCGAACUCACUCGCAAACCGGAAUUAAAAAAAUGGCGGGAGGUAUCGCAAAAUGCAGCAAGAUCAGACACAUUGUGAAGCUGAGACAAAUGCUCAGACAAUGGCGCAGCAAGGCGCGAAUGUCGUCUGCCAGACGCUGCGUACCGUCGGAUGUACCUUCAGGACACGUGGCGGUCUACGUUGGGAGCAGUUGCAGGAGAUUCGUGGUGCGUGCGACGCAUCUUAACCACCCGGUUCUCAGGAAUCUCUUGGUUAAGGCCGAGGAAGAGUUCGGUUUUGCUAACCACGGUCCGUUGGUUAUUCCAUGUGAAGAAUCGGUUUUCGAGGAAUCGAUUCGGUUAAUAAACCGGUCAAGUCGGUUCAAUUGUACUGAUGAUUUAAAGAAAAACCGACAUGGUAGCACUAGGAGUAAGCUGGAGCUUUUGAUGGAAGCUCGGCCGUUGCUUCAUGGUGUCUCUGACAAGGCUAUUAUCUGGUGACUCAUCUGAUCCGGGUCUAUGGUGGCGGAUACACAGGAGAUGGCCGUGAGAGGUGGAUGAGUCGUCCCUGGUUCGAAUCCGAGUUCAAUAGAGAAUUGCGGUCUAGUUUUUGGUAUUGGCUUGUAAAACUGAUUUAGCAAUUUCCAUUUCAUUUAUUUAUUCAUUUGUGAUUUAACUUUGAUAUUUGCUGUAAAUUUUAUACAGCAAAUAUUCCUUUAUAUUAAUUCCUUCAUUGUUCUUUUUCCAUUGAAAUUUGUUUUAAAACUUUCCGAAAUAAUUAAUUGUUGAAUCUUAAACCCGG